AUGGAUGAUCAUGUUCAACUCGAAGAUCAUCGAGAUCCAUCGACCGAUGAAUUAUCUCCAUCGAUUAUAAAAAAGUUGGAUUUAGGUGAUAAUAUAGAAGAAGAUCAACAACAGCAACGACAGCCACCAUCAUUACAACAACAACUAUCAAACGUAACUGUUUGUUCAUUAUUAGAAGUAGAAACUGAUUCUGAAGCUAUCAAAUCAUUGGAAUUAUUGUUAAACAGUGUUGUCAAGAUCUUUUGGACGUCAAUUCCAUGCGAUUUUAAUUCACCAUGGCAAGUAAAACCCCAAGUUGCUAAAACUUCAUCAGGGUUUAUAAUAAAAAAUCGAUGGAUUCUAUCAAAUGCUCAUGCCGUUGCAAAUCAGUCGAUUAUUCGUAUUCGAAAACAUGAACCAUUGACAUUCAACAAUGAUGUACCUAGAUUAGAGGAAUCAAUAAUAGUGGUUGGUUAUCCAAUAGGUGGCGAUAAUUUAUCGGUGACAAAAGGUGCCGUUUCAAGAGUUGUUAUGUCAACUUACUCGCAUUCAGUUGAAUAUUUGUUAACAACACAAAUCGAUGCUGCAAUAAAUCCUGGUAACAGUGGUGGACCGGCUAUUCAAGGCAAACAAGUUGUCGGUAUGUCAUUUCAAGGCCGAAGUGAAGCUCAAUCAAUUGGCUACAUUAUACCAGUAUUAAUAAUCAAACACCUGUUAGAUGAUAUUGAAUUGCACAAUAGAUAUACAGCUUUUCCUAGAAUGGUCUUUCAAUAUCAAUCAAUGGAACAUUCAUUAUAUCGCAACUAUUUAAAAUUGAAUGAUGACCAACAUGGUAUCUUAGUAACAUCGGUUGAACCUGCAUGUGUUCUUAGCAAAAUAUUACAGAAGGAUGAUGUUAUCAUAGCUAUUAAUAAUGUAUCGAUUGCUGAUGACGGCACAAUCUAUUUCCGUCGUGGUGAAAGACUUAAUUUCGGAUAUUUUGAAAAAUAA